CCCCCCUCAGUCAAAGGAACACUCGUCGCCAUGAGUUUCAAGGGUUUUCAGAAGAGUAUUUCACGUGCCCCGCAGCAGCUGAAAUUGAAGUUCAAUAUCGGCGAGCACACUACCGAUGCCGUAUACACCGACGCCGAACGGCGCUUCCAAGAGCUCGAGAAGGAGACCAAGAAGCUGCACGAUGAGUCGCAGAAAUAUUUUCAAGCCAUAAACGGCAUGUUGAACCACCAGAUCGAAUUCUCCAAAGCAAUCGCCGAGAUCUACAAGCCCAUCUCCGGCCGCGCCUCCGACCCCAACUCGUACGAAGAUGAAGGAAACCACGAGGGAAUCCGGGCCUGCGAGGAAUACGAAGCUAUCGUCAAGGAUCUGCAGGAAGCCCUGGCCCCGGAGCUGGAGAUGAUCGAAGCCCGCGUCAUCAGCCCCGCGGAUCAACUGCUGGAGGUGAUCAAGGUGAUCCGCAAGGUGUCGGUCAAACGUGACCACAAGAAGCUUGACUAUGACCGCCGCCGCGCCACGCUGAAGAAGCUGGAGGAGAAGAAGGACAAGUCGAUCAAGGACGAGAAGGCCCUGUACAAGGCGGAGAACGAUGUCGAACAGGCCACCCAGGAGUUCAACUACUAUAACGAUCUGAUGAAGGAAGAGCUGCCCAAGCUCUUUACUCUGGAGGCCGAAUUCAUCCGCCCUCUAUUCCAGUCCUUCUACUACAUGCAACUCAACGUUUUCUACACCCUGCACGAGAAGAUGCAAGGUAUGCAAAUCAGCUACUUCAACCUCGACCUUGACGUGGAGGAGGCCUUCGAGCAGAAGCGAGGCAAUGUUCAGGAACAAGCCGAGGCUCUCGCCAUCGUCCACUUCAAGACCAAGGGGGUUGGUCGUUCCGGCUCCAAGUUAGGCCCCAAGGGCCUCGAGGCCAAGGGGUCUAUAAACCGCGGGCGGUCCGACUCCGUCUUGACCGAUAACCCCCCACCCCCAUAUUCAUCAGCUGCCGUUUCCAGUCCGACGGGCAGCUUCUCCUCCGCAGCCAAGGCCAAGCCGGCACCCCCGCCCCCGAAGCCGAAGCCCUCUCACCUUAGCAAGCCCGCCGAGAGCGUGGUUGCCCUGUACGAUUACGAAGCCCAGGCCCACGGAGACCUCGGAUUUUCUGCGGGCGAUGUGAUCGAGAUCAUUCACCGCACCGACAACCAGAACGAGUGGUGGACCGGUCGCGUCGACGGCCGGGAGGGCCAAUUUCCUGCCAACUAUGUUCAGUUGCAAUAGCACUGGUGUUUGGCAUGUCUAGCUUUGUGAUCUUCCCUGCUCUGGCGCAUAUGGUCCUAUUACAUAGAGCGUUCUGUAAAUACCUUCGUUUUCUUUAAUCGAUUGGCUCGGCUGGAUGGAAAUGGU